AUGAACCCGCCUCCUCCCCGCGAUGCAGACUUCCCUUUUGGCGCCACUCACGCCAGCGCAGAGUUCAUACUUCGGUCGUCCGAUGGGACAAACCAUGUCGAUUUCUUCGUUCACAAGUUGAUCUUAUCGAUGACAUCUCCCUUCUACAAAACCAUGUUCACUCUCCCGCCUCCAUCUACGCCGCCGCCGCCGGGUCCCCAGUCUGUCGAUAUAGAGCGAAUCGUAGACGGCGUUCAGUAUGUCGUUCUUCCGGUCAGCGAAGACGCCGAGACCACACUCCAUUUCCUCCAUCAUUGCUAUCCAUACAACAAUCCGCCGCCCACUGAUCCCCCGAUCCUGCGCAAGCUCUUACGCGUCCUACACAAGUUUGAUAUGAUGGAUCGUCUGUCCCACCACGUAAACACAUUGAUCGCGUUCCUUGCUCGAGAGAGACCCGCCACGGCCUUCGCCAUCGCUCACCUGUUCAAGGAAAAGCUAGGACCCGCCGCUCGAGACGCCGCCUAUCUCUCUCUACGCAGAACCUCUGCGCAAAUCACGCAGGAACAAGCCGCGCUAGCGCAUGAUGAUACAGAGCUCCAACACGCCUUCAACCGACUCAUCAGGUAUCGUCAGUCGUGUACAAGUUGUGCUAGGUCAACGGCGGACAACGUCAAUCGUAUCAGCUGUUACGACGUUCCGGGAUCGAUGGAGAAGGACUGGUGUUCAUGUCCUGCGUAUUCGACGGGAUACAAGCCUGGGAGGGGGAUCGAGCGGUACCCGAUGUGGGUGAGGGACUUUAUGGAAGGGUGUAAGGAGGUGUUGGAGGAGACCCCGCAUCCGGAUAUGAUGUUGGACGCGAGGCUGUAUAUCCUACCUGUGAAGACUGCGGCUGGGUCCGGAUGUGCUAGGUGUCGGGUCACGGUGGAUGGGCUGCCUUUGUUUGGGGCUCGUCUUGCGAAAAAGGUUGCUUUGGCACUUGAGGGAGUAACAUUCGGCAUCGCUUACGAGAGAAUGAGGUAUCAGUUGGCUUGCGAGAUGGAGUUGUCUGAGGAAUGA